UCUGUGGCAGACUGGGGCUCCACUUCUUUUUGUAGGCAAACACACAGGGGUCUAUGGGUAUAGGUCUAUGGGUAUAGCCUCCUUGAUAGACACAGUAUUUCUCAUUUUCUCUCUCUUCAUUCUCACACACACUCCAGCACUUGUCAACUGCUUUGUUCACGUGUGUGAUCUGUUAAAGAUUCUGACCCAUAUCCUCCAAAACGGUGUUAAACAUGUCAGUCUAGAGAUGGCCCACAUAACUCUCAAACAAUCAGGUCACAUUGGUCCUGAUGCUGAUUUAGUCACUAAAUGUAGAGAACUCUUGGCUCAGACUGUGUUCGGCUCAAUACUCCUCCGUCAUCAGUCAAUCUGACCAACAUAAAGAGCUGAAGUGGAGCAGAUCUGCGGCAGAAACUGGUGGAGAAGUGUCGGACAACCUCCAGACCAGCGGACUGCGCGGAACACAACUAAAUCGGGGAUCCGGCUGACAUUCAGCACAAAAGCAGUCAAAAUCUUGGGGAGAUUCAGAAACAUUCAACCAGUAAAGCGUCAGCCAGCGUUUACCACAAAACCUGUUCACAGCCUGCUGCUCUCAGCUGACGUCCAGCCAGUCUUUGGCUGUCAUCAAUGAGCUAUCGUUUCUUGAACAGGAUGGAGUCUCUCUGCCUUCAGGGUUCAAACUGCACAGGUCACCAUCAGCACCUCAGACUCUUGAAGCCCGUCCACUUGCCCGAGAACACCCCUACACAGGGUGUCCACCUGCCAGAUUCCCUGAUGCCCACAGUGGAUGUGCCUGACCAUGCCCAUUACAUCAUUGGCUGUGUGAUCCUGCUGGUGGGGAUGACAGGUAUGCUGGGAAACGCUUUGGUCAUCUAUGUAUUUUGUCGCAGUAAGGCACUGAGGUCGCCUAGUAACCUCUUAGUGGUGAAUUUGGCAGCAGCUGACUUCCUGAUGUCUGUGACCCAGUCUCCAGCCUUCUUUGUGGCGAGCCUGCACCGCGGCUGGGUGUUUGGAGAGUUUGCCUGUGAACUUUAUGCCUUCUGUGGCGCUCUGUUUGGCAUCACCUCUAUGAUGACACUCACAGCCAUUGCUGUGGACCGCUGUCUGGUGAUCACUCGACCGGUGGCGUUGCUAGGAGGAAUGAGUCGAAAGCGAGUUUACGUGGCAAUGGUGGCGGUCUGGCUGUAUUCUCUUGGCUGGAGUUUGCCACCGUUCUUCGGAUGGAGUGCCUACGUCCCUGAGGGGCUGCAGACCUCCUGCAGUUGGGACUACAUGACUUUCACAACAUCUGUGCGCACCUACACUAUCAUGCUCUUCGUUUUUGUCUUCUUCCUUCCACUCACUCUAAUUGCUGCCUGCUACUGGGCCAUUUUCAGAGCGGUACAGCAGGCGGGACGAGAGGUGGCAAGGCUAAACUGUGGGGAGAUCAACAAGGCAUACGAACGCCUGCGGAGCGAGUGGAAGAUGGCCAAAGUUGCCCUGGGAGUGAUAAUGCUGUUUGUCGUGUCCUGGGCGCCAUACUCUGUAGUUGCUCUGACUGCCACCGCUGGCUACGCUCAACUGUUGACCCCGUACAUGAACUCGGUGCCUGCUGUCAUUGCCAAGGCGUCUGCCAUCCACAACCCCAUAAUCUAUGCCCUAACACACCCAAAAUACCGCAUCGCCAUCGGUCGCCAAUUCCCGCUGCUGCGUGGUGUACUCCGUCUCCAGGAAAAGGAUCUUCACCCAUCGUUCAGCUCCAGCGCUGCUUCUUCUCGGCGUACGACGCUCACAAGCUCUCCAGGGGUUCGGCUGUGCACUGGGGUUCGGACCAACGGUCGCUGGGGGAAGAGUCGGCUAUCGUCUGGCUCUGAUAGUGACUCCUGCUGGACGGAGAGCGAAGCUGACGGGUCUAGCGGUGGGUCAGCAGCCUUCAACAGGCAGUUACUCACAGAGACAACUACCACUGAGUUCACUCCUCCAGGGACAGAGCAGGGACAGAGCAGAGUCCCCGAUGGAAGCCCACCUGACAAGGGCUGCAACAGAGAGUAAACAUCUGCGUUUUCACAUGAGUUCUCCUCUGGUGUUUAAUCCUUUUAAAUAAAGACUUCCUCAUCCUGAUUAUAUGUUUUGUUUUACCUAAUUUAUCCCUGAUUUAUAUUCAAAAUAAUCAAAACAAUGUUUGUUAUAUUCUUAUUAGUUUUGAUAGGUGUUUAGUUUGUUGAUUAAACUAAUAAUUGAUUAGCUGCUGAACUUUUUUUUUUUUACAGAAUGUAAAUAUUGUACAAAUAAUCAUGUUUGACCUUGUCUUUCUCUUGGCUCCAUCCUCACAACACAAAUCUGUUUCACACAAAGUCUUUUAAUAAAUCUGAAGGUUUAUGCAACCUAUGCAAGAACAACUAUACUCAAAGGAUUUCUGCAUACUAAUAAAGGGUUGUUCAUCAAAAACAUGUUUAAAAAAAUGUUUUUUUUUCCUUUUACGUUUGUAAUUGUAAUUGUAUUGUCACUGGGACUGAAACACUAUGAAUAUGGACAGCUUCAUGGUAAUCUGUACAGGUGUGUAAAAGAGACACAGAUGUGCGGAAAAUGAACACAGAUGUGAAGCAGACACAUGUAGGUGUGCAGGAGAUGAACACAGGAGAAUAAACGGGUGAGCAGAAGACACACCCAGGUGUGUAGGAGACGUCUACAGGUGUGCAGAACAGACUCUUACUAGUGAGAACCAGAGGCAGAAAGGUAUGCGGCAGAUUCACAAGGCUCCUUUUCAACAUCAACAUUCCCUAAACUCAUUUUCCCUUUCCCUUCCUGUGACUCAUUUUGCGUACGCCCUAGUCACAUUACCCACACGGGGGCUGACCCGUACGGGUUCUGCAGGUUUUUGGGUUGUCUGGGCCCGUGGAGGGUCAUAUGGAGCACAGGUGUGUCUUGCAGUUACCUUGAGGAUUGUGUGGCCACCGUAAGAGACAUCAUAAACAAGAACGUUUACCAUUUUUGUGCGUGUGGUUAGUGUACCACUAUGUUUUUGUGAGGAUAAUUGAAGUUACAAGCACUUAUGCUUUUCUGGUGAUGUUCUUGUUCAGUGGACUUUACACCACACUCAUUUGAGGUGCCAGAGGCGUAGCUAGAACAUUUUAUAUAGGAGUGGGGGGGUUGGAGAGGACUUUGGAAAGACAAAUGACAACAGCAGAAUGGAGGGCCAUUACUUUUAUAGAUUUCUAUAGAGAAAAAAACUUGUCAGAAUAAACAUCCUUGCCCCGCUACCUGUUUUUCAACGUGUUCUUGCUCAUCCAUUUUUCAUGAUAUAAUUUUUUCAGCACAAGGGUUAACCCUUGUGCUG